AUGUCGGCCCGGGACGAACCACCACACUUUCGGCAACGCGAACGUGGAGGCGGCCGGACCAACAGCCGUUCACCGCGUCGGGACAGGCGCGAUGACCGCGAGCGCGAGCGCGACCGAGACCGAAGGUAUGCGCAGGUGAAGCGGGAACCGGAUGCGGGAUACGGCGCCCGCGAGCGGGAACGCGAGCGCGAAGACGAUCGGCAGCGGUACGACGAGGACGCCGGCGAGCCCAAGAGCCCACCAAAGCCAGACUUUAGCUCGUCUGGCCUGCUGGCCAAGGAGAGUAACCAGGUCAAGGGCGUUGCGCUCAAGUAUCACGAGCCGCCCGAGGCGCGCAAGCCGACACAAAACUGGCGGCUAUACGUGUUCAAAGGGGACGAGCAGGUCGACCUCAUCCAUGUUUAUAGCCAGAGUUGCUUCCUGGUCGGGCGCGACGCGGUCGUCGCGGACAUCCAUGUGCAGCACCCGAGCUGUAGCAAACAGCAUGCGGUGCUGCAGUUCCGUGCGGUGUCGAAGCGGAGCCAGUAUGGCGAUGUCAAGAGCGACGUCAAGCCGUAUAUCCUCGACCUUGACAGCACCAACGGCACGUACGUCAACGGGCAGGAGGUGCCCAAGUCGCGAUACUACGAGCUGCGAGUAAACGAUGUGCUUAAGUUCGGGACGUCGGCGCGGGAGUAUGUACUCCUGCACGAGGAUGCGGGCAAGUAG